AAGGAGCCUUUCUUUACUUCCUGUAUCUAAGUGACUUGUUCUCUGCCGACCUGAGCCAAGUGUUUUAACCGUGUAGCGGUUCCAAAAUGUUGAUUUUGUCAAACAGAAUAAAAUUUUGUUCUCUGGCUUUUACGGCGGCCCGCUUGUACAGUAGCGGCCCGGCAGCUGCUAAUAAAAACCCGAUGGUUUACUUUGACAUUGCUGCAGACAACGAGCCACUGGGCAGAGUUACCUUUGAGCUCAACGCAGACGUUGUGCCAAAAACUGCAGAAAACUUCAGAGCACUGUGCACAGGAGAGAAUGGCUUUGGCUACAAAGGAUCGAUUUUCCACAGGGUAAUCCCUCAGUUCAUGUGCCAGGGUGGAGACUUUACAAACCACAAUGGAACUGGAGGGAAGUCCAUCUAUGGCUGGAAGUUUCCUGAUGAGAACUUCAAACUCAAGCAUACCGGCCCUGGUAUCUUGUCUAUGGCUAAUGCUGGACCCAACACCAAUGGAUCCCAGUUUUUCAUCUGCACCACCAAAACAGAAUGGCUGGAUGGCGGGCAUGUUGUCUUUGGCAGCGUGUCGGAGGGAAUGGACGUGGUCAAGAAAGUGGAGUCCUACGGUUCACGGUCUGGGCGAACCUCCAAGAGGAUCACUAUCACAGACUGUGGAGAGCUCAAGUAGAAUCCCAUGUGAGCGGUGGGAGCAGCCUUGGUCUCAUCUCCUGCUAACGGAGGAGUCGGAGUGAAAGAGGCUCAUUCUUCAGUCAGGGCUGAAAAUAGAUUAUCUCAGAACCUCUUUUUCUAUGUUUGUACUUUAAUGUCAUGGUCAUUUUUCAUUUUUUAGGUCGCAGUAAACACUUAACUGUCAACCUACAAAAGGUUUAUUUUUAUGAAAAUCUGUGGUUCUGCAUUUAAAAGGAAAGAUGUGUUUAAUUUUGGGGGGUAAAGGGACAUUUAUUUGUUAAAAAAUGAUAGUGAUCAUAUGAUUUUCCAAAGAUAUUUCCAAGUGUAGUCUACACACUGGGUUAUUACUGUGAAGUUCAGGGUACUUGCCCAAGGAUAAGCUAGGAAGUUUGAGAUUGAUGCAGCAAUCUUGGUUUUGCAAAACAACAAUGGUACCUGCUGAGUUACAGCCAUGAUGUUUUCAUGAUAUGUAAGUACCUGUCUGUUUUGUGAAGCAUGUCAGUAGCAUUUCAAAGGAGUAGUGUCCAGAUAAGAAUGUUGUACUUGAAGAAGUGGCUGAAUUAAAGCUGUUUGA